UUUUUUUCCCAACCCUUAUUUACCAUCGGGUUGUGUGAGUUUGUAGCAUGGUAGCUAGCUUAUCGGCUAAUUGUUAUCCCUGCUCUCGCGUCCUGUUGGCGAAUCUUUUUUAAGGUGUUUUUUUUUUUUGCGUCUCUUUAUUUAUUCUUUGCCGGGAAAAGCAAACACCGAGGGUGCAGCUUGUUUUCUCGCGUUAAUUGUUGAGAAGAAGACAGGACUUGAGUUCCUGCGGCCAGGUGAGCGAGGUGAACAGCACUAAGGUGUGUCAUCAAUGGAUGUCCAUGGAGAAGUUGUCCUCCAGGCUGUAUAAGCAACAAACGAAGACCCAGAAGCAGAGCCACAGAUGUAGUCGCUCGACAGCCAGCAGUCAUGUCCAUUGAGUACACCAUUGAUAUCCAGCUAACGGAGUUGGGAUUUCCGGGCAUCCUGCAGCCGGACACCUCUGUCAGGGAGACACCCUGUCGCUCCACAUCACCUGAUGACUCAGUCUCACCCAGCCACUCCUCACUCUCAACCGCACACAAGCGAAGGCUGCUGGUCCGAGGCCAGCAGACAGCGGAUGGUAAAGAAGCAGGUGCAGCAAAGCAGACCUCAAGUACAGAACGAGCAUCAUCUCUGUCAGAGACGUCGCCCCGUAAGCCCCUAAAUCCUGCAAAAAGCAUACAGGAUGAGCAGUGCGACAGAGGCACAGCGCUUCUCGGACUGCCGGAGCCCACGGUGAAUGAUCCUGCUGCUGGAGCAGAAACCACAGACCUGCUACAGAGGGAACAGGAGGACAGCAGGAGGACAGAUGUAGAGGGUGCAGACACUCUGCCAGAGGAUCUAACGACGGAGCAGCAGGGUGUGGAGGAUGAUUCUGAUGACAGCGAGGUUUCAGGGGUGUAUGAGGAAGAAGAGAUUGAUGAGGAAGAGGAUGACGAGGAAGGACUAAACAAUGAGUCGAGUCAUUCAGGCUACUACCGCUGCAGUGUCUGUGAUCACCAGCUGCCCUCCAAAUUCAAGCUCGAGGACCACAUGAAUUUGCACACUGGGGCGCGCCCGUACUGCUGUGCUGAAUGCGGAAAGCGCUUCUGCCAGAUUUCCAACUACCGGGUCCACCUGCGCACACACGCCCAGACCAAAGUGGAUCCUCUCUUGUGCCGUGUCUGUCUAAAGGGCUUUGCAUCACAGGAAGAUCUGAAAGACCACUUGUCGAAAACUCACUUUGAGAGCGAGUUUUACGAGUGUGACCUGUGCAAACGUGUGUUCACGUGCCUGAAGGAGUGUGAAUAUCACGUGCAGUUACACAAAUGUAUGCUGAACGUUGUAUGUGAAGUGUGUGGCCGCAAUUUCUCCUCUUCAAAAUCCCUCGCACGCCACCGGAAGAAGACGUGCCAUCGCAGCUUUAAAUGCACAGACUGCACAAAGACCUUUACUAAAAAGAAUGCUCUCCUGAAACACAGCUUCUCCCAUCUCGGCCUGUUGCCUUACACCUGUGUACGAUGCCGCCGGCACUUCCGCCUGGCAAAGCUGUACCGCCAACACAAGUGCGAACCCAAACGCAUUCACUGCGUGGCGUGCCUGCGAGAGUUUCUCAGUGAGGCGGACUUUCAGCAGCACAAAAAGGACACGGGCUGCUGGGGCAAUCAGGAGCCUAAAGGGGAUGAGAUCAGGUGUUUGGAGUGUGGAGAGAAAUUUGACACUUCGGAGGAGCUGAAGAAACAUGCCGGGGCUCACCAGAGGGUGCUGAAAUGUGCAGAAUGUGGAAAGGGCUUCCGGUCGGCCCUGCUGCUGAUGUCCCACAUGGGUGGUCAUGUCGGCAAGUCGCCCUGCUUUUGUCAGAGCUGUGGACUGGGCUUUCCCCACCAGCAGAACUAUGACAGCCACCUUAAGACCUGUGGACAAACACCCAAGCCUGCGAGUGCUCCCAAAAAACGCCAAGCCUCAAAGAGCUCUUCACCGGAGGCAAAAAAGCUCAAAACAAAACCAGACUCAUCAAAUCCACCAAACACAGUCACUCAGCCUGCUGCACUAGAGAAGGAUUCUCCUAGUCCAGGACCUGUGACAGAGAGUGCUGGCUCUGGUCCACCAGAUGGAUUGUGGAAGCUAACCCUCGACAAACAGCCACCUCCAGGUGUUAAACUUGUCUUGUUUCUUCCUGUCUGUCCGACUCAAAGCACGGGCCUGACGCUCCCAUGUGCAGUCUCUCCGACACUACCAAGUCCAGCUGCGCAGGUCCACCCUCAACACCUUGGACUACCGCUAAAUGCACCCCUGGAUUUGGUAACCGGGAUCAAACGGGAUCCAGAAUGUGAAGCACCUCUGGAUUUGUCUAAUAAGUGUAACUCAUCUAAAUCUCCCCUGAGCAACAUUCCUCUUCUUCCCGUUAAAAGUGAGCCAGAAGAAUUUGAAAUCUCAGGAGAGGCUGGAAGCACCAAAAGACAAAGCAAAGCAACUGUUAAACCAAAUCCAGGAGAGGAUCGCUCUCCUCCUAAUGUUAGUACAACAUCCUCCGGACUAAUAAUAGACAUUAAGAGCGAGCCUCAGCCUCAGGGUCCUGAUUUUGAUUUGUGGUCAUCAAGAUCUUGUCAGCUGACAGAGAGAGAAAUUAAGAGGGAGGUCGAUGUUUCAAGGGCUACUAAUGCUGAUGUAGACAAACGUAACAUUUUAAAUGAGGGCAAAAUAAAAAAAGAUUAAUACUGCAUCUGUUGUCACAUUCCCCUACUGGAGGACACACCCACUGUUUUGCUGUAUCUGUAGCCACAUAAACCAAAUAUGGAGGUGUUAUUCUACAGCCAGAACUAAUACUGUUCAGUACAGUAUGUACAGUAUUCUAUAUAUUUCUGUCUAAUCAGUAUAUGUACCAUCAUACCAUUAUAUGGCAAUGCAGUUUUUCUACUUUUUCUUAUGUUAUGAAGAAACUCAGUGUCUUUCUAGCAGUCGACUGUGUGACUUUUGUUUUAGAGUCAGAGGGAUUUUUGUUUCUUUUGUAAUUUAAACAGCAUUCCAAGCUCUUGCUUAUUGUGGCAUUUGUCCUAUUUGCAUUUUGGGUAAAGCUUUUGGCUGGAGCACCAGAGCAAAGUGGUACUGUAAUAGUCAUGAAGCCUAUGCAAUAUUAUUAUUAUUAUAAAAAAUAUUCAGAUUUCUACCUUUUUUUUUUUAUACACUAGUUUAGUUUUUGUGUUGAGAAGUUGAAUCCUUAGUUUUAUUAAUGUGUAUUUGGAAUGAAAACACUGGAUUUCUUAGUGUUCAGCUGAGAACUUGAAAUAAUGUGCAUUUUGUAUACAAUUAUGCAAAUAAUGGUACUGAUCAAUAACGACAUUCUGUCACCUUGUUCUUUACAUUGCUGAAUCUUCAUAUUCUGCAGGUAUCUUUUGAUGUUUUUUCUAAAGGCAAAUAAACAUUAGUCCUUGAUACAAGAACUGUU